AUGGCACCCUUCCUUGAAACAGUCAAGCUGGUGACGGUGUCGUUCGCAUGCUCACAUACAGAGGAACUCACUAGCCUUAUGAGCUCCGUUGGCUCCGGGGCAUUCUCGCCCGUCAUCAAUGACAUCCAGGGUAACAUCACAGUGGUUCGUGAACGGCACGAUGCGACUCCCUCACAGUCCGGAACGCUGGAGGUAUUGGUGACCAACGAGAAAAGCAACAAAGCAAAUCCCUUCAGCAAGCAGCAGAGCAACCCAUCAGAGGAUCUCAAAGUUGCCUUCACGAAGGGAUAUAAUGUCACCCUCGGGCCUAUUCACCGUGGUUCUGGAAUAUUCAGCAUACAAGGAGCUAUAAUGAGAGCGGCUGGCUUGAUGUUCAACACUGCGAUUGGAUAUUGCCCGCCUCGCAAGAGCUUCUACGAGAAGCUUGCAGCUAACCCGAAUGGAGAGCCGUGCUCGCAGGAGGUGCUUGACAAGCAGCUCAACGAUUGGAUCACUGGCCUGGAUACCAUUAUCACGAGGAUGGACAAGUUCUACACAAAGGGGAAGCAUGGAGAGAUAUUCAAGUCUGCAUGA